AUGGAGGCGGGCGCCGGAGCCGGCGCGGGCGCCGCGGGCUGGAGCUGCCCAGGCCCAGGACCCACAGUGACCACUUUAGGCUCCUACGAGGUGUCUGAGGGUUGUGAGAGGAAGAAAGGCCAACGGUGGGGGUCCCUGGAACGGCGGGGGAUGCAAGCUAUGGAGGGGGAAGUGUUACUCCCAGCUCUCUAUGAGGAGGAAGAGGAGGAAGACGUGGAGGAAGAAGAGGUGGAAGAAGAGGAUGAUCACGUGCAGAAAGGUGGCAGCGUGGGCUCCCUGUCGGUUGGCAAGCACCGGGGCCUGAGCCUCACGGAGACAGAGCUGGAGGAGCUGAGGGCUCAGGUGCUGCAGCUGGUGGCAGAGCUGGAGGAGACCCGGGAACUGGCAGGGCAGCACGAGGACGACUCGCUGGAGCUGCAGGGGCUCCUGGAGGAUGAGCGGCUGGCCAGCGCCCAGCAGGCAGAGGUGUUCACCAAGCAGAUCCAGCAGCUCCAAGGUGAGCUGCGGUCUCUGCGGGAGGAGAUUUCCCUGUUAGAGCGUGAAAAAGAAUGUGAACUUAAGGAAAUAGAACAGGAGUUGCAUUUGGCCCGGGCUGAGAUCCAGAACCUACGGCAGGCAGCGGAGGACUCUGCGACUGAACAUGAGAGCGACAUAGCCUCCCUGCAGGAGGAUCUCUGCCGGAUGCAGAAUGAACUCGAGGACAUGGAGCGCAUCCGAGGAGAGUAUGAGAUGGAGAUCACCUCCCUCCGUGCAGAAAUAGAAAUGAAGAACUCUGACCCAUCCAAUAGUUUAAGUCUCUCAGAUUUCUCUGAGAUGCAAGAAGAGUUGCAGCAACUGCGGGACCGCUACCGCUUCCUGAACGAGGAGUACCAGGCCCUGCAGGAGAGCAACAGCAGCCUCACAGGGCAGCUUGCAGAUCUGGAGAGUGAGAGGACACGAAGAGCAACAGAAAGGUGGCUGGAGUCCCAAGUACUACGGAGUAUGAAGUCAGCCGAGUCUCAGACUUCAGAAGAAGAGUUCCUGGAGCCUGAUCCUGAAAUGCAUUUGUUGCGACAGCAGCUGCUGGGAGCUGAGGAGCAGAUGCAUGACAUGCAGAACAAGUGUAAGAAAUUGUGUUGUGAGUUGCAAGAGCUACAGCAUCAUCGCCGGACCAGUGAGGAGGAGCAGAGGCGGCUGCAGAGGGAGCUCAAGUGUGCACAGAACGAGGUGCUUCGAUUUCAGACUUCCCACAGUGUCACCCAGAACGAGGAGCUGAGGACCCAACUCUGUACCCUGCAGCAAAAGUAUGAUGCUAGCCAGGAUGAGCAGAACGAGCUCUUGAAGGUGCAGCUACAACUUCAGGCUGAGCUCCGGCAGCUCAAAGUCAUGAAACCCACAGUCACAGAAAGCCAGAGUGAGAAGGAGCUACAGUGCCGGCUACAGAAGCUGCAGCUGCAGUACGAGAACAUCAUGUGUGAGAAGGAAAAGCUGCUAGACGUGCAGCGGCAGCUGCGGGACAGCCUGUGCUGCCACGAGGCAGAGGUGCACCACCUCAAGGGCAUCGUGACCUCCUUCCAAGCGAGCAGUGAGAAGAAAGCAGAGAUGCACGCCCAGCUGCAGGAGAUGAAGUGCCUGUACCAGACCAGCAGGGAUGCGCUGGAGCGGCAGAAGCACAUGUAUGAUCAGCUCGAGCAGGACUUCCUGCUCUGCCAGCAGGAGCUGCAGCAGCUCAAGACCACCCAGUCCAUCCAAGAGGACAAGGAAAAGUGUUCUACUAAGUGUGACGCACUGCUCUUCAGACUGACAGAAUUGCAGGAGAAGUACAAGGCCAGCCAGGAGGAAAUGGUGCAGCUGCAGAUGGAGCAGUGUGAGCUCCUGGAGGAGCAGAGGAGGAUGCAGGAGGAGCAGGGCCAGCUGCAAGAAGAGCUGCACAGGCUCAUGUUCCCGCUCCCCAGAUCUGGUCUCUGCCACAAGAGUCAGGAGCUCCUUACAAAGUUGCAGGACCUGUGUGAACUACAGAUGCGCUACCAAGGCUUGCAGGAGGAGCAGAAAAAACUGAUGCAGAAUCAAGAAAUUGUAUUAAAAGAACAACUAGAACUACAAGGAGCGCUGCAACGUUUCAAGGAGUCUGGUUUCCGAGAAGUGUUGGAGAGUCCCGAGGAUUCCAAAUGGCCUAAGUCCUCAAAAUGUGGUCAUAACAAGUCCAAGAUGAUCAUCGCCCAGAUGCAGGCUCUGCAGGAGCUGUACGAGGGCAGUCAGGCCGAGCAGGAGCUGCUGCAGCAGGAGCAGGAGCGGCUCCUGGAGGAGCGGAAGAGGCUGCAGGCCGACUUGCAGCUCUGCCUGGAAGAAAUGCAGCUGCUCCAGGUCCAGUCCCCUUCGAUAAAAAUGAGCCUUGAGUCCUACAAGAAGAGUUACGGGAGCACGACCCCCAGCAACGAGAACUGUCGCAAGAGUUGUAACAUUGAUGACAGCGAGAGCUAUCACAGGAGUUACAGCAGCAGCCGGGCCAGCGAGGAGAGCUUCCUCAAGAGCUAUGACAGCAGCCUCAGCACCAGUGAGUCCUACGGGAGGAGUUACCGGAGCAGCAGCAGCAGCAUUGCCUAUAAGAGGAGUUACGGCACCAGCAGUAGCUCUGACACCUGUCACAAGAGUUAUGUCAGCAGCAGCAUGGACGACGACCUUGCCGAGCCUGACGAUAUGGAGUGCUUUGAGGACAUGGUUGCCAAGGUGUUAGCCAAGCUGCAGGGAGUGCAGGCCAUGUACCAGCUCAGCCAGGAGGAGCACGACCUGCUGCAGCAGCGGAUGCAGAAGCUGCUGGACAAGCAGAAAGGGCUGAAGGAAGAGCUGGACGCCUGCGAGAAGGAAUUCAAGGAGUGCAUGGAAUGCCUCGAGAAGCCUGUUACCUCCCAAAACGACAAGGACAAGAACGAGAUCAAAGAACUGCAGGCCAGGCUGCGGGAGCUACAGCUACAGUACCAGGCUAGCAUGGACGAGCAGGCGCAGCUCCUGGCCGUGCAGGAGCAGUUGGAGGGGCAGCUGCAGAGCUGCCAGGAAGAGCUUCUCCUGCUCAAAGAGAAGAGGUCCUCUGUUACCAAAGAAACCAAGGGAAAGAAUGGCAAUAAGAACAUGAACAAGAAUGCCAACGGGGUUAAAAAUAAAAAAGUGGCCAAGCCAAGCCUGGAAAGUUCCAAGGGCAGCUUUGAGACCAGAAAGAGUCUGGAGGUGGUACUGUACUACAAGGCCAGCCACACGGCCUUGGAUGAUCUAACAAAAGAGGAAAAGAGAGAGGAAAUAGAAGAAGAAAAGAAGGAGGCCAUCGAGGAGGAAACAGAGAAGGAGUCCCGGGAUGAAGUAGUUUCUGAGCCAUCAGGUGCCAGAGAGGUCAGAUUCCAAGAAGAUCAGGAAGAGGGACAGGAAGAGUUCCACAGCCAGGAGGGUAAGGAGGAAGAUGACCAAGAGGAGGAGGAGGACGACGGUGACGACGAAGUUUCGGAGGAAAACAACCCCCUCGAACUUUCUGAGAGCAAAAAGGUAACUGCAGCGAAAGGCUGGAUGGUGUGGGAAAUGGGCUCUUGGGCACAGGUGCCCAGCAUUCAGGGGGGACCCAGCCCUUGGAUGGACUUCUACAGGAGUAGAGGCCAGCGAGCUCUGAGGCGCCACACUGGGGGAAGUGGAAGUGGAGGUGGGGUUGGAGAGAGCAGGCUGUCUGCGGCAAACGCUGUGGGAACUCUGUGGAACUGUCUCACAGAGACCACCUUGUCUGGGAACCGGGUGUGCUGGUUGGAGUCCUGCCUCCUUUCAUUUACGUGGUAGCCCUCGUUACUUACUUCAGGAGGGUUCUUCACCCUCCUCCAGCACUGCACCAGGCAUUGCUGUCAGCCUGGGCAAGUCACCUAGUCCUGCUUUCCCGAGGUGCCUGCUUAGGGCUGACCUCUGUUGCUGUGAGGGGUGUGGAGAGGCCAGUGUCACCUACUGGGCUGUAUGUAGUUUUACAGGGCAUGAGGGUGGGGGCUGGAGCCGGUCAGAAGUGAUAGAAUAUUUCCAUCUGUAUAGCAGGGGCAUUGGCCAGUCUCAGGAGACCAGCCAGAGCCCUAACCCCUUAGUUACCAGAUCUUGCGAGAUCAGGUGGGAGUAUCCUAGAUAAAGUACCAACUGUACAAAAGUACUUCUGUAUUUUAACAACUGGUGUAUCUAUGCAAGAACAUACCAGCUGAAUCUCUGCCCUGGUUGAAGUUAACUGGGGGCUCUGAUUUCGGAAGGGUUUGAGUAGUAGCUGAAUAAGUCCUCAGUUUACAGUAUAGGUUCUUUCUGUCCCUUCAACACAGGGGAAGGAAAUAAGUGUCUUGCGGUGGGAUGUCCCAGUCAGCUCUAAGGUUAUCUGGAAUUUUCAGCAGUUCAGUCUGCAGCACUGGCUAAGGACCCAGUUACAGUUCCCCGUUAACCUUGUGGCAGAGGACCAUCACUUAGGACAGGAAAAGUAGGAGUAACCAGCCCCCUCCCCCAGUGUUCUGUUUCUUUGAAUUCUUCAUAUCCUGCCACAUUCUGGUUCAGAGCCUCAUAGAUUUCCUUGCCUCGUGUGCCACCUUUCUAAACGCCAAACUGGAUUUUUCUACAUCAAAAUCAAGCACGUUCCUUGUGUCUGCAUAUGGAGAUGUCCCUUUGCCUCAGUGGGUCCUGCAUCUUUUACAGGCAGCUCUACUGGCAUAUGUGUUACCGCCUGCAAAUUCAGCUUCUCUCUGGAAGAUGGUUGUGGUCAAGAACUAGCCCUUCUCCAUUGUUAGCUUGUUUUAGUGCAUUUUGUCUCACAACGAGAGCAUCAGACUUCUAGGGGAUGGGAGGGACCAGAGCGCAGAGCCCUGAGGCUUGGUGGAAAGCAGCCAGAACAUGCUGCUAACAAAGGCACAGGUGGCCUGGCAGGAGGCUGCCCUUCCUAGAGUGACCCAGGCAAAGCAAACAUCCUACUCAGCUGGACAGCCCAGCUUUCCUUCCUGGAGCUUCACUUUUCCAGAGUUACUGACCUACAAGAAAGGUCUAGGUGCAGAUAACCCUUGCUUGACAAGAUGCGAGAGGGAGAGGACAAGCCAGAAACAUGGUCCCAAAUUGGACCUAAGCGGCUGCUUAUAACCCGUUCAGUUUUGCAUCUUCUGCAGGCCACCCGCGGGAAGAACCAGGCCCGAGUAGCAGAGAAGAAAUACCGCUGCUCUCGCUUACCUGUUGUUUAACCUCUUGAUCUCUUUCUCUUUUCCCUGUGUUUUAUCAUCUUCAUUAUCUGUUGGAUUCAUGUGUUUAUGUCUUUUUAUACCAUCUCCCAUCUCCUGGUCUGUCCUCGUGCCUCUUUCUCAUUUGAUGUGUUGCAGCCGUCCCCUGCCCCCGAUCCCCCCCUCUUCUCCUUGCCUCUCGUAGGCCUGGUGGUCAUAUCGGCUUUGCUCUGGUGCUGGUGGGCCGAGACGUCGUCCUAACGCAGGUACUGGUAUUGCGUCCUCUCCUUCUGAGGGAUAGAGGGAGGGUGCAGGUUGCCCUGGCCUCUCCUCUCCCUUUUCUCUGCUGUUUGCUCCUUGCUCCUGCCAUUUUACUACAGGUGAUAGUCAGGUCUGAGCUUUAGGCCUGGCUUUUCUUGGGCUACCGCAGAGCCCGUAACAUCUCAGAGCAUGUCCUUGUAGGGAGUUGGGAUGCUUGCCACGGACGUAGUUUGAGGUUUUGUCCUCUGGCUGGGAAAAAUUUGAGUGAUUCCAGUGCCGUGGCUACUUUCAAAGCACCCUCAACUACUUCUGAUGAGCUGAUAUCUGAGUGCAAGGCUGGCCUGGCUGCUCUUUGUCUUUGUUUAGCCCCAGAGCCAAGCUCUCACUACGGUCACUACCAGGAUGGCAAAAUAAGGAAUCACUGCCCCCACUUUGGGUGAAAGGGGAGGUCUGGAGAGCUGUGCCCCUCCCCCCCCAGCAUCAUUUGUAUGAGGACAACCUCAAUUCAUCCUUCAGUCUUGGCAUCAAACUCCUACCAUAUUAUAUACUUUCUACUGAGAAGUUCUCUGGUUUGGGGAUUCUGGUCUCCAAAAAAAAAUCAGAACCAGAAUGCUGCAUCCCUUUGGGGGGUCAGACUCUAUUGUAAUUGGCUUCCGAAGCUAGGCUUUGGAGAGAGAAUGUGGUAUUGGUGAAAAGUUUCCACUAACCAGAGAUGCAGUGUUCUCAGGGAACCAGACUGAUAUAUUCUGGGCCCCAGUCCAUGUAAUCUGAUCUGUCAACAAGACACCAAGUUCAGGAGGUAGGAUGUAGUCUGAUGGCCCAGGGUAGAACCCUUCCAGAACCCAUGAACUCUUCUCUCUUGGCCUGUGUUAGCUCCCUGCCAAGGCUCCUCCUGCCACUCCCGUUCCCCCACCCUCUCUCCUAACAUCCCUAUAAGUGGAGUGUAGUUGGCUCACUGCGUAGGUGCAGAGUGACCGCUGGGAGCGUUCAUUGGUAGCAUUUAUCACUGUUUCCUUUUCUGUCCUGCCUUUUUUCCUUGUCAUUUUUUUUUUUCUCUUCAACCCUUCUCCUUUCUUCUUUUAGACAUUCCAGUUUACUCACCACGGUCAGCCUUUAACUCCUUUGGUGAGAGGGGUCUCUUCCUGUACCUGUUCCUCCCUGUACAUUCCCAGAUUUCUGGGUCCCUGUGGGAUAAGACCCAGAGCAUUCAGCCAUAACCUUCCCCCAAUUCAAACCCAGCCAGGCCUGAUGCAAGUGAGAGGAAACUCCUGGGUAAGGGUCCUCUUGGGGGAGCCUGUUGUGCCCAGAGCCUGGGUAUGCCCUGGUUCGCAGCUCCCUAUCCAGGCACUGAGGCAGCAGAGUAGAGUAGAAAGUGUGGCUGACAAGCAGGCAGAGAACUUGGAUGAGUCUGUCUCCUUUACUUACAGCUUAGUCCUAGUGGGCAAAAUGUGUAAUCUGAACAUUCGUUUCUUCAAAUGUAAGCAAAGGAUGAUAAAUCCUCUGGCUUCCUCAUGUGAGGAACAGAUGAGUUCAUGUAUAUGAAGGUACUUUAUACAUGAUAAAACACCGCAUAAAUAAUAAAAAGAGCAUACUCUUAAUGUAUACUAUAUGUCAGACACUGUUCUAAUCACCUUAUAAAUAUUAACUCAGUUAAUUCUCACAAUAACCGAAUGAGGUAGCUAUCAUCAUUUUAUACGUGAUAAAACUAAGGCAUAGAGGGGUUACAUAAUAGAGCCAGUAAAUUUUGAAUCAGAUUCUAAGGAUUUAAUAUUAGCAUCAAAUAAAAUUUCAAUCCCGUUUCCCCUUAUCAUCUCUCCUCAUUUUGAGCAGUUUUUCUUGAUUGCUUCCAAAUAAUUAGGAAGCCACCAUACAGCAGCCUCUUCAUGCAGCCUCAGAUCACACUAGCUCUCUUGAUAACUAAUAUCACAUUGCUAACUUAUUUCAUGUAUUGUUUAUAAAAGCCCUUUGCACAUUGCAUAUGCGAAGUGUUCUCUCCCCAUUCUCUGCCUGCGGUUGAUUUUUUGGCUCCAAGGCAGAAUUUUCCAUUCAUCUCUAUUAGAGCUAGUCCAUCAUGCAUUGUUCUCACCUAUGAAGUUUUGUUUAUUUUUAAUCAUGGCCCUGUGGUUUCAAGAUAUUCACUUCCACUCCCAGCUUCGCCUCAUCCUCAGGAGCGACCAGCCACCUUCUUAUCUUCACCCAAGUCACAGACGAGGGCGAGCCUCUAGAGCGUCCCUCUGCAGGCUCUCCUCCAGCUCAUCGGUCACGUCCAAAUGGUCAUACAGCAGGCUGCCGUCAGGCUGCUCUCGAUUUCUCCUGUUCUCUCCAAGGAGAUCAUGGAGAGUCUCAUCAAACUCCUUAAGUCCCCAAACAUGAUUUCCUUGAUCUGUCAAUUCAGUAACCCAGGAAAGCCUGACAUGACGACUCAGCCCUUUGGGACACCCACACCCACCCUUUCCUUAGCCAGCCUAGCAUCUUGCCUCUGCCCGGUGUAAAGGCCACCGGUUCACACCUAUGGGCUUUAGCGCUUUCCUCCUUUAAGAACAUCAGACUGACAUUUUUCGCAGUGCACAUUAGGAUGUAAGCAUCCGGGUAAGUGUUUUUUCUAGCUCCCUUCUCAGUUAUCUUCUCACAUGAAUUACUCUCUGUAUGUACCUCCAACAUUGUUUUGCUUUCCAUUUCAUAUCUUCUGUUCCUCUUAGUAACUAUUUCUACAAAUGUAGAUUUUCUUUGCUCUUUAUACUUGGCUUAAUAAUCCUCUUUUUAGAAUACGGAGGAAUAGCCAGAAGGCCAAAAGAUAAUAUUCAAUAAAAAUUUUUUUUCAAUUAACCCAAGGAAGGCAAGACAGGAGGAACAGGGGAACAAAAACCAAUAAGACAAAACAAAAUAAAUAUGAAGAUGGUACACCUUCAGGUAUACCUAAAAGGUAUAAUAACCACAGUAAAAUAAAGCAGCAUUUCCAAAAAAAAAAAAAAAAAAAAAAUCCUCUUUUUAGAUCCUAUAUUCUCUGAGCAGAUGCAUCCCUAGCAUUAGUGAGUUAUUCUUUGUCCUUACCUAAAACCAUCCUCUGUUGCUAUAUGCCACAGCUUAUGACUCAAAACCCGAAUUGUCUUUUGAGUAAUACAGUUUAAAAAAAAAAAAAGGAAUAUAAACUAUUUCCCCAAGUAUAUGUAUUUUCUUGCCCAAGAUACCAUGUUCCCUAAAUGAUGCUUUUCUGUGGUCCCUCAAAUCAGCAGGAUUGGCUGUGGUCUGCAGAGUCUGGAAAUCUCAGCAGCUCUAGCACAUGCUCAGGAAGCCCGUCAACAUGCCCAGUGACCAGAGGUGUUUUAAAGACCCUGGCAUUUGCCUCCCUGGGCCAGUGACUGGCUUCCUUGAAUUUCCUUCAAGGACAUCAUUCUCCACAGAUGGUCUGGGCUGCCUAAGAACCUCAUGUUUGCUUGUACUCCGUGGUGCACUUUCUUCACUCCCCCCCGAGUCUUAUCAUCCUCUUGAGUUCACUUUUCCUACGUCAAGCUAAUGAUGCUGUGCUUUUCCCAAGGGCCCAAAUUUACCCUCUUUUUCUUGCCAUGGCAUCUGAUCCUUUGUUGCAACCAUUUGGAUUCUCUGAAAUCUGCUCCUGAGCUUGCUCCUACACACAGGAGCUGGUAUUCUUCUCCCCCCACGGGGCAUGAAUACAGGCAGCCAGCUCAGGUGACCCACGUAGUGUUGUUCCAGAUACCCAGUGGUGCCGGGACUGAGCCCACAUGGUCUGCAGCAGUUACCCAGGAGGUAAGAGAGACUGGACCAUGGUGAUAUUCCUGAGGUAUCUCUCCACAUCACUAGGCAGGGUUCUCUGGCUUAGGGAACGGUCCAGAAGGCUGGGAACUCACCAUUUGUCUUUGGUCCCCACAGAACAUGUUUGGGAUGUGGAAGCCUGUGGUGUUCUUGGCUCUUGCAGCUGUGGCUCUGUAUGUGUUACCCAACAUGCGACCGCAGGAGACAGAGUUCUGCCUCAUGGAGUGAUGGCAGGCCUGGGCCAGCUGAAGGGGCAGAUCCCCAUUGGCCACUACCCUCAGCUUUGGGCAGAACACACUGUGCCAGAGCCCCCACCCGACCCGUAUGUUCCCUGUGUCCCCAUCUCCUUAGCCUCAGCCACUCAGGCUGCAAAGGCUUAUAGGGAACUGCUGGCUCCCAUCUCCUGCCUUGUCUAAGAACCUGGGUUCCUUGUAAUUAAAUAUCAGCUGAA